AAAACCAGAACCAGAACCACAGGGGACGUCAGAGAGAGAGCGAGAGAGAGCGCGGAGCAGAAGACAGCCGAGCCAUGGACUGGGGCGAAGGGGAUCUGGUCUGGUUUGACCCGGGCAUGGGCCAUCCCAUACCCGGAGAGAUCCAGGAGGUGCAUCGAGCCGCCCAAGUAAUCGUCGUCCAGGCGCUGAUCAAAGGAAAGCCUCAAACGUUCGCCCUGCAGCCGGGCGAGGGCAGCCUGCGGGCUCGCCAGGAUCUGGGCAGCAGUGGGGUGGAGGACAUGACCAUGCUGGACGACCUGCACGAGGCCUCGCUGCUGUGGAACCUGCGCCUGCGGUACGACAAGGGCCUCAUCUACACGUUCGCCGGCAGCAUUCUGAUCGCCGUCAAUCCCUACAAGAUGUUCCCGGACGCCUAUGGGCUGGAGGUGGCCAAGCAGUACGCGGGAAGGCCGCUGGGGGCCCUGCCCCCGCACCUGUUCGCCAUCGGGGCAGCGGCCCACGCGGCCCUGCCCUCGCCCCAGGUGGUGGUCAUCUCAGGCGAGUCCGGGUCCGGCAAGACGGAGUCGACCAAGCUGGUGAUGCAGUACCUGGCCGCCGUGGUCCCCGGCGGGGGCUCCGCAUCGGCGGUCAUCACAGAGCAGAUCCUGGAGGCCGCCCCGCUCCUGGAGGCCUUCGGCAACGCCCGAACGGCGCGCAACGACAACAGUUCCCGCUUCGGCAAGUACCUGGAGGUGUACUUCAAGAGCGGUGCCAUCGUGGGCGCCAAGAUCACCCAGUACCUGCUGGAGAAGUCGCGGAUAGUGACGCAGGCGCCGGGGGAGCGCAACUACCACGUCUUCUACGAGAUGCUCGGCGGGCUGAGCGAGGCGGAGCGGGGCAAGUACGGGCUCCUGGAGGCGGACAAGUACUUCUACCUGAAUCAGGGCGCCACCGACUGCGCCAGCGGACGCGUCGACUGGGCCUCGCUGCAGAGCGCCAUGCAGGUGCUGGGCGUUUCCGAGGGCGAGCGGGAGGGGAUCGUGCGGGUGCUGGCCGCCGUGCUGCACCUGGGCAACGUCUACUUCCACCGGCGGCAGCUGCGCCACGGCCAGGAGGGGGUCGAGGUCGGCUCGGACGCGGAGAUCAAGUGGGCCGCCCACCUGCUGCACAUCAGCGACGAGGGGCUGCACCGGGCCGUCACCAGUCGCACCACAGAGGCGCGGGCCGAGCGCCUGCACACGCCGCUGGGCAUUGACCAGGCCCUGGACGCGAGGGACGCCUUCGCCAAGGCCCUGUACGCGGGCCUCUUCAACUGGCUGGUGUCGCGCAUCAACUCGAUCGUCCAGAAGGGCGGCACCCACGACGCCCACCGCAUCAGCAUCCUGGACAUAUUCGGCUUCGAGGACCUGGCCGAGAACAGCUUCGAGCAGCUGUGCAUCAACUACGCCAACGAGAACCUGCAGCUCUACUUCAACAAGCAUGUCUUCAAGCUGGAGCAGGCCGAGUAUGCGCGCGAGCGGCUCGAGUGGACGCCCCUGGCCUGGGACGACAACCUGCCGGUGAUCCACCUGCUGGCCAAGAAGCCAGUGGGCAUCUGCCACCUGCUCGACGACGAGUCCAACUUCCCCCGGGCCACGGACCUCAGCUUCCUCGAGAAGUGCCACUACAACCACGCCCUGAGCGAGCUGUACGCUCGGCCCCGCAUCGGGGCCCAGGAGUUCGGCGUCACCCACUACGCCGGGCAGGUGUGGUACUGCGUGGACGGGUUUCUCGACAAGAACCGGGAUGCCCUGCGCGGCGAUGUGCUCGAGCUGCUCGCCUCCAGCCGCCUCACCCUAGUCACCGAGCUGACCAAGCAGCUGCGGGCCCAGCGGGACGCGGGCAAGACCCUCCCCAAGGGCAGCAACGGCCGCUUCGUCACCAUGAAGCCCCGCACCCCGACGGUGGCCGCGCGCUUCGCGGACUCACUGCAGCAGCUGCUGCAGUCGAUGGGCCGCUGCCACCCCUGGUUCGUGCGCUGCAUCAAGCCCAACCAGGAGAAGCACGCCCUGCGCAUGGACAUGCCCUGCGUGCUGCAGCAGCUGCGCUACCUGGGCAUGCUCGACACCAUCCAGAUCAGGCAGCGCGGCUACCCGGUGCGGCUCCGCUUCCAGCACUUUGUCGAGCGCUACCGACACCUGCUGACCGCUCCGCUGGCCCGCGGCACGCCCUACCGCGAGCUCUGCCGCGCACUGCUCGAGGCGAUGCCGCGCACCGGCGUCGAGGGACCGGACUAUCAGCUGGGCGCCACCCGCGUCUUCCUUCGCGAGGCGCUGCACCGCGCCCUCGAGAGCGGCCGGACCGAUCGCCUACGGCACGCCGCCGUCAGCAUCCAGCGCCAUGUGCGCGGCAUGCUCGUGCGGCGCCAUCUGAGCCGCCGCCAGGCGGCGGCCACACGACUCCAGGCCCGGUGGCGAGGCCAGCGACAGCAGCAAAACUUCGAGCGAAUGCGCCGCGGGGCACUCACCGCCCAGCGGCUGUGGAGGGGCCACCAGGCCAGGCGGCACGUCCAGCAGUUGCGCUCCGACCACCGGCGGCGACAGGAGGCGCGGGAGGCGGCGCAGCGAUCGCGCGAGGCGCGGGAGGCCAAGCAGGCAGUGCUGGAGAGGAGCCAGCUGAGCUACCUGGACAUCCCGGCAGAGCUGGCCUUCAUCUACUCCAAGCUGCAGGGCUGGUCGCCGCCGCACAGCGACAGGCACCUGGUGAAGGUGGUGGGGACGGUGCCCGGCCCGCCGGCCGCUGCCGUCCAGCUGCCCGAGGAUCUGGGCCAGUUCUCGUUCGGAAAGUUCAGCAGCGUCUACUGCAACGGUCUGCGGCUGCAGCCGCGCCGCGAGCCCAUCUCCGCCCCGCUGCUCACGCGAGCGGCGUCGAGGGACCAGGACUUCCAGGACGCUCUGGCCGUGUUCAAGCUGAUCCUGCGAUGGAGCAACGACAAGGCCCUGGAGGGGCCCAAGGAGAAGCUGCUGUCCGACUACAUCGUCCACAAGGCGCUCAGCUCUCGCGGUCUGCGCGACGAGAUCGUGGUGCAGAUCUGCAACCAGGUGCACGGCCUGGGGUCCGCCUCGGGCGAGGCCACCCGCCUGUGGCAGCUGCUCGGCCAGUGCCUGUGCUGCUUCCAGCCCAGUCCCGCCUUCAGCAAGUAUCUGAUGAAGUUUGUCGACGACGAGGCUCCCGCGCCCAUGCGGAACCUUCUGCUGCGGCAGCUGCUGCGCCAGCAGAGCAGCGGAUCCGGCGGAGUCGCGUGCCGCAGCUUUGUGCCCGCCUGGCUGGAGUGGCGCUCGUGGGCGCGCGGCUGCGACAUGGCCCUGCCGCUCACGCUGCCAGAUGACGCCAGCCAGACGGUGGCCAUCGACUCGUGGACCUCCUGCGAGGAGGCGGCGGCUCUGGCAGUGUCCACGCUGGGCGUGGCCAGUCGAGGAUGGACCAUAGUGCUGGACGACGGCCAGCAGCUGACGGACAGCUGUGGCCUGGACUACGUCAUGGAUCUGAUCGCUGAGAAGGAGCUGUGCCCUGCCUUUCCCGCCCCCAGGAGCGACCUGCUCCGCUCCGGCGCCAAGUUCACGCGCACCUCCCUGCCCGAGGCUGUGAAGCGGCCAGGCGUACCGCCCCCCGCCCCACCCACCACCACUCCCAAGGCAGACCAGCCCCACCAGCAGCACCAGCAGCACCAGCAGCAGCAGAAGCGGAGGAGCAGCCGAGAGCUGCUGUCACGCAGCUCGGCCCUGAACGAACGCUACUUCGAGCGGGAGCCGAGCUCCCCCAGCCCGAGCCCGAGCCCGGGCCCGGGACAGGCCAAGUCACGCUCCAAGUCCUUGGACGACCUGUUGGCCGGGGACAUAGCGCCGGGCCAGUCGCUGCCCCUGCCCGACUGCGACUCCCAGGAGCCGCUGCACACGCUGGGCCUCUCCGAGAGCCGCCUCAACGACAGGUACCACUCGGCCGAGCGGCUGGCGCCCAUGGGCAAGGAGACGACGCCCCGCUACCAGAAGUCGCAGAACGCCGCGCGCCGCUCCCACGCCGCCUCGCACGGCUCCCACUCGAGCAAGUACGUCGACAAGUCGGAGUACGCGACCCGCUCCUCGGCCAUGUCCGACACCAGCGAGGCCCCCUCCCUGGCCUCGCACGUUCGCCGGGUGCGGGUGCCCUCGCAGGCCUCCGACGUCGACCAGUUCCUGGACGACCUAUUCAGCCCGGUGCUCGACGGCUCCCUGGACGAGCUCUCCGACGCCAGAUCCCUGGCAGCGAGCAUCAGAGGAGGAGGCCGAAGGCAAACCGCAUCGGAUGCAGCGGAUGCAGCGGAUGCCUCGGAAGUGGAUGUGGAUGCGGAGUGGGAGGAGUUGGAGUUGGAUAGCCUGGAUGACUACAUCAAUGCGCUGUUGGAGCCCAUCGAGGUGGCGGACUCUCUGAAUAAGCUGGCGGGGAGGCAGCCGCAGCCGCAGCUGGUGGACUGCAUCAGGGGCGGUGGCAGCACGGACCACGUGAGCACUGCCGCGGGGGGCAGCAACGGAGGAGAUCCGCUGAUGCAUCAGCUGAUACAGAUGCCAGGGGAGACGGACUCCGGCCCGGUCCUCUACCAGCAGCAGGUGCAGCGCGCCUUCCUCCAGUCUGCGAUGGCCCAGAACCUGCAGAUCCAGCAGCAGCUCCUGGCCCAGAACCAGGCGCUCCAGACGCUGCUCAGCCAGCAGGCAGCGGCAGCAGCGGCCGCCACCUCUGCUUCCCCUCCGCCCCCGCCGCCGGCAAUGGGCAGCCUCGCCAGCCUCGGCAGCAUCUCACCCCCGCCACCGCAGUCGCCGCUGCGGAUGAGGGCCACGCGCAGCAGCCUGGUGGCGAUGGAUUCGGUUAACCCGCCGGCGCCUCCACCACCGCCGCCGAUGCCGCCGCCGCUGGAGUGCAAGGACCCAUCCGAGACGCGCCACUUCCUUGACCCGUACGGUCGGGCCAAGACCGUGAGGAUCGGCAAGUGGCGCUGGCCGCCGCCGCAGGGCGAGCCCCAGUUCCAGACCGAGGAGGACUUCUUCGCCUUCAAGAUGCGCCAGCAGCAGCGCAAGACAACCCCGCAGGCCCAGCACCAGCUGUCCGCCAACGGAGCAACGGCCACGGCCAUCGAGUGGGAGGAGUUCGAGAUCGAAAGCCAGAUGCCGUCGCAGCCGGCGCCGAUGAUGAUGGGGAGCAGCCUGAGCACACAGCUUAUGCGGAGCAGCAUCCGCAUGGAGACCACCACCACCACCACGACCACGACCACAUCCGCGACUGCGGCUGCGGCUGCGGCUGCCUCCAGAGAUGUACAGGAUGCGGGACAUGCACAGGUGCAGGCGCAGGCGCAGCAGUCCAUGGUGACCAGCACGAAGCUGGCGAAGAAGAGCUUCGAAAUCGGGGCCGAUCGCCCACCCCCCGGCAGCGUGGGCAAGCUGAAACUCAGCUCCGAGAUGCGCCAGCGCCUGGAGCAGGUCACUGCCGGCCACUCGGUUCGCUCCACGGUGUCCAACAAGUCGGAGCAACGGGCCCCGUCCAAGCUGGAGGAUACCCGCAAGCUGAUGCUCCAGCAGCAGCUGGGCGGACUAUUUGCCAGCGUCAGCGGUGGCGGUGGCGGUGGCGGUGGCGCUGGUGGUGGCAGUGGCAGUGGCGGUGCAGGCCACGGCCACGGCCACGGCCAUGGCGAGCCUUUGGCCACGGUGCGGACCCAGAUAGAGCGGAUGGAGGGCAAGCUAUCUCCGCCGCCGGCCCCGCCCACGAGUGCCUGGCCGGGAGUGCUUCUGCCCCCGGCACCAAGUGUGCCAGCCCCCCCGCCGCCCAUUCGGCCGCCGAGCAUGGCGCCGCCAGCUCCGCCCCCAGCCCCCCAAGCGGCACACGAGCGGACUCGCACACCCGAGCCGGAGCCGGACUACCGCAAGGAGAACGUGCCCGCAUUCAUCCAGCGCCAGGAGCGGGACACCUUUGGCGCCGUGCGCCAGAGCGCCCUCCAGCAGCACCAGCAGCACCAGCAGCUCCAGCAGCUCCAGCAGCUCCACCAGCCGCUGCUGCAACACCAGCAACAGCACCACCACCUGAGUGACGAGCACUCGGCAUCCUCCAUUGCCGCCUGGGAGCAGGCGGAGCGGGAGAGGUCGCGCAGCCGGAGCAGGUCACGGGACCGCGAGGACUACUCGGAGUCCGUGUGGGACCGGGCCGAGGUGGAGGGCCCGGCCUCUGGCAGCGGCAGUGAGAAGGAGCGCGAGAAGCGGGAGCGGGAGCGUGAGCGCCUUUACGAGCUGCGACAGGUGGAGCGCGAGAAGGAGAGCCACAAGGUGUACCAGCCGGCUCCGCCGCGCGUCAUCCAGGCCAGCAUGGACACCAUGUCCAUGUCCAUGUCCAUGGGCAAAUCCAGCACUCCGGCCACGUUUCGCACCCACAUGGCCCAGAAGUACGAGCACGAGCGCAAGCGGAAGAGCUCCGCCAGCUCCGGGAUGCGCGACGAGCUGGAGCCGAUUGCCACGCCCCCGCCCGUCCUGGUGCCGGCCCCUGUGCCCCCUCCACCAGCAUCGGCCUCCUCGUCGUCCAGUGGAAUGAGUCCCGGACUGGCAGUUGCCACAGCGACCGGAUCCGGAUCCGGAACCGGGAUCGGGACCGGAUCGGGACUAGGUACUUCCGUGGCCGGGGCCGGAUCCGUGGCCAUGGCCAUGGCCAUGGCUGGGGCCGGGGCCAGCGCCUGCCUAACGUACAACCGCGUGCCAUGGAAGCUGCGGGUGCGCAAGGAGGUGUUCCAGCCGCAUGAGGCCAUUGGGCCGCCAGUGGCCCUCGAUCUGCUCUUCGCCCAGGUUCUGAGCGACGUGUUCGGCGUGACCCCGUGCCUGCGCAUCACGCCGCAGGAAAAGAGCUCCGCGAUGAACAUGCUCCAUGGUCACGGGGUGAGCGUGGACACGCUGGCUGCCAGGGGCCAGCAGGUGCGGGCGCUGGUCAAGCGCCACCUGGUGGAUAUGGCCCGCGACUGGCCCCUCUACUUCUCCCGCCUGUUCGCGGUGCAAGGCGCCCCGCUCUACCCGGACGUCAGCAUAAUGGGCGUCUCGCACAGCGGCCUCUACCUGGCCCGCCGCGACGCCGACUACCUGAUCGUGGUGCAGGCCAUUUCCUUCGCGGAGAUCCAGAACGCGGUCACCCUGCCGCGGCCCGCCGCCCUCCAGCUGAACAUGCGCAACGGGAAGCACCUGGCGCUGCACGCCUCCAGGGCAGCAGCCAUCCAGUCGAUGAUCACCACCUUCGUGCAGGAGUUCCGGAAGUCACAAUCGAAGGCCUCGACGCUUUCGUCGGGAGCCCGAGCCGCAGCCCAGAUCCUAAAUGUUCCGCUGGAGCGCCUGGAAUCUCGCCAGGCGCAUGCCCAGCGCAACGAGCACGGCAACUUGAACGGGAACGAGGGGGAGAAGCAGCAACAGCACCAGCAGCACCAGCAGUCGGAGCUGCACCAUCACCUGCAGCAGCAACAGCUGGAGGAUGCCCUUGAGGAGCAGCAGCUAGCGGCCGAGCAGCAUCACCAGGGACAGCAGCAGCGGUUCAUGAAGCAGCAGAGCUACCUGCACUCGGCCCGCAAGCCGAAUGCAGGCCAACAGCCCUCCCCCCUCACCAAUGGCCAGUCCCACCAGUCGGAUCAGCAUCUGCAGCAACAGCAGCAGCAGUCGAUGACCCACCACGACCUGGACGCAAACUACAUGCAGGAGGAGACAAACGGCGGCACACCGCCCUCGGUCACAAAGUACUCGCUGCUCCAGUUCGCCAUGCAGCACUUCCGCAACGAUCAACUGCGGGACGCCGAUCGACAUCAUGAGCGACACCAGUCCCAGUCGGCCGCCAACCGUUCGUACGCGGAGCUGGUCAAGUGGCAGGGCCAUGCCAUACGCCUGCCACUCCUCCGGCUACCCAACGACCUGGCCCCGCUUGCGCUCGAGUGCUUUGACUGCGUCCUCCGCUACUGCGGCGAUAUUCCACUAGAUCCCGAACUCACCGAGGUCAAGUGUGUCUACACGGUGCUCAUGCAUUGUCACAAAUAUCUGGCCCUGAGAGACGAGGUUUACUGCCAGUUGAUGAAGCAGACUACGGCCAACCGAUCACCCUGCCCGGACAGCUCGCAGCGCGCUUGGCGCCUGUUGAGCAUUCUGGCCGCUUACUUCGGCUGCUCGGAUGCCUUGCGGCCGUACCUGAUGGAGCACCUGACCUCGGCCGCGUCGGACCGUCGUCGCUCCUGCCAUGGCACGGCGGCCGUCUGCCUCACCAACCUGCGGAAGACGGCCCGCUGCGGCGGCCGCAAGAACGUGCCAAGCGUGGAGGAAGUGACAGCCGUGUCCGCCGGACGCUCGGCCAGAAGGCAGAUCUAUAGGCUGCCGGGAGGCGCUGAGCGGGUGGUAAACACGCGCUGCUCCACGGUGGUUGCCGAUGUCAUUGCCGAGCUGUGUUCACUGCUGGGCGUCGAAUCGGAGGCCGAGCAGCAGGAGUUCUCGCUGUACUGCAUCGUGCAGGGCGACGCCUUCACCAUGCCCUUGGCCGCCGACGAGUACAUACUGGACGUGACAACGGAGCUGCUCAAGUCCGGGCAGCCCUUCUACCUGAUCUUCUGCCGCUCAGUGUGGCACUUUGCUCUCAAGCGCGAGCCGGCUCCUAUGCCGCUGUAUGUGGAGGUGCUCUUCAACCAGGUGGCCCCCGACUACUUGGAGGGCCUUCUGCUGGAGCUGCCCGGGAAUGGGGUGCCCAUGCCAGAGAUGGUGCGUGAUAUGGCCAGGAUCGCGGCGCUGCUGCACCGUGCCGCUGACCUGAGUCACGUGCCGGCCAUGAAGGAGAUCAAGUUUCUGCUGCCCAAGCCGGCGCUGGGCAUACGCGAGAUACGGCCGGCUCAGUGGGUCGGCCUGGUGCAGUCUGCCUGGCCGCAGGCGGCCGGCCUGAGUCCGAGCCAAGUAAAGGCACAGUUCCUCAAUGUGCUGGCCGCCUGGCCGCUUUUCGGCAGCAGCUUCUUUGCGGUAAAGCGCAUCUGGGCCGAGGAGGGGCCGCACGUGGAGGACAACCACAGCCCAAUGUGGCGUGACCUAAUCCUGGCCCUCAACCGGCGUGGAGUACUGUUCCUCGAUCCCAACACGCACGAGACCCUGCAGCACUGGAGUUUCAUGGAAGUGAUAUCCACGCGUAAGGUGCGCUCGGAGGAUGGAGCCCUUUUCUUGGACAUGAAGGUUGGCAAUCUCAUGCAGCAGCGCGUGAUCCGCGUUCAAACGGAGCAGGCGCAUGAGAUAUCGCGCCUGGUGCGCCAGUACAUCACCAUGGCCCAAAUCAGUCAGCGGGACAAGCGGGAGCUCAAUUAGGUCUACCGGCAGAGGCAAUCGUCGCCUUUAUUAUUUAAAUAUUUUUACCAUUAUAAUUACUUUCACCGAAUUAUUCUCUAUUCGAAUCCAUGUUUUCCCCAUACAUUAAACUUUUUUUUUUUUUUCGUUUUUUAAGUUGUAUCCAAUAUAUUUACAUAUACAUAUACAUAAAGCAUAAACCAUAAACUAUAAACAAGAUACAAGAUACAAGAUUCAUACAUGCAUAUUUGUGUAUACAUACUCGUAUGUAUUUGCAUAGAUGCUUAUGUUGUGCUGGUCCUUUAGUUUUCUCCGUUUCCCCCCUCCCCCACCUCCGCAACUGCCCAACUCGGUGGACCUUCAAUGGCCAUCUUCCCCUUUCGCCCCUCAAAUAAAUAAUUUCUGUCUUAAUCUUAGGCAAGCCAAGCUUAGUGCAAUGCGUGUGCAUCCCUCGAAUGCACCCCACCCCACGCCCUGAACGCAAAUUUGAAUAUUGUCAAAUUUAUUAUAAUUAUAUUAUAUAUUUUUUUGUAAUUGGUUUCGAACUGGAAAGCUUAUCAUAAAUAAAUGCGUAAACCAUAUUUGUAUAUGUAUCUACC